UUUUGACUCGCACUGUGCGACAGCUUGUUGAACUCUACUCGUGGUAAUGUGUUGGUGAGAAGUGAAGAGUUUAAAGGGUGUGGUGAAAUCCAGGAAACAGAUAUAUUUUUACCGGGGAAAACAGCUGAAAGGGGAAAAAGCGUUUCUGUGUGUCUGCAUGGCGUCUGCAGCCGCCAGCUCCCCUCUCCGGAUCCUCUGCAUUCAUGGUUACCGGCAGACCGGCGGCUCGUUCCGCGACAAGACGGGCGCGCUGCGGAAGCUGCUAAAGAAGCAGGUGGAGCUGGUCUACAUGACGGCACCGCACCGCGUACCGCCCGCCGGCACCGAGGCUCAAGAGAAAGAGAGCGGUUCAGGGUCUGCACCUGAAGGUGAUGCGGACCCCAGGGGCUGGUGGUUCUCUGACAUCCAGGCCCGCAGUUUCAGCGCUCAGCAGCAAUGUGAGGAGAGCCUGGGGCUGGACGAGAGCCUGAGGGCUGUUAGACAAGCUGUGAAGGACCAGGGCCCAUUUGACGGGAUCCUGGGUUUUAGUCAGGGGGCAGCGUUGGUGGCCAUGCUGUGUUCUCUGCAAGAGCAAAAUAUGGAGCCAGACUUCAGCUUCCGCUUUGCCAUCGUUGUAGCGGGUUUCCGCAGCGCAUGUGAGGAACACCAGAAAUUCUACAGUGCUCCGCUCUCGAUCCCCUCUCUGCAUGUGUUUGGACUGGAGGACCGAGUCAUCCCUGACAGCAUGAGCAGGUCAUUGCUCCCCACUUUCCAGGACCCUCAGGUCUUGACACAUCCUGGUGGCCAUUUUGUGCCAGCUGCAUCCGCCCACAGACAAACCUACCAGGAUUUUCUAAAAAGGUUCCUGUGAAAAAUAAAAAGUCAAGGCCUUAUGAUGUGGAAUGCGAUGACUCACAAGAGACCGAGGCACUUAAAUGCUUGCACAGAAUGUUUAUUAUUCAAGACUCAGAAAUAUGUUAAUAUAAUUAAUGGCAAGGGCACUUUGUGUAAAAACGCCAAGUUCAUGUCUGUCCUUGGUGCUUUUCGUGCUGUCUUUUCCACUGCAGUGAUUCUGUCAAAACAAGAUAAUGACCUCUGUCCUUCUCAGGGAAAAUGAGUUGUAACAGACAAUAAAUUUAAAGACAACCGUUUUACAUUUUGCA